AUUUCCUUUACGAAGUUCCUGUUAGAAAAGCAAGAUUUUAAAGAGAACAGCCAAAAUGCACUUGAGGCAGCAACCUGCCACAUCCAUGCUGGAGUCAGUCAAUGCCACGCCGUUUCCCUGGGGUUUGGGGGGACUUUGCAAGGAGAAUUUCCCAUUAGGACAUGGAUGAAGGGGUGCACCUGAGCCGGAUCCCAGCUUGGAGGUCAAGGGCAAAGGCUUUGCUCUCAGCAUGGAGGGAAGAGGACUGGGGUCAUGGCUGAGGAAAUACUACGCAACAGCAAGAGUUUCCUGCGCCAUCUGCUGAGCCCCUUCUACAAGCUCUUUCUCAGCCCCCGCACGGGCUUGGGUGCCCUGCCUGCCAUCUACACCUUCUCUGCCACCUUCUGCUCCUUGCUGCUGGUGGGCUUUGGGCACUACGUGCAGUAUUGCCCUGGCACCUGGUGCUUUAUCCAGAUACACCUGGACUACCUCCAGCACAGGCAGGAGCUUUCCUGGAACUGGUAUGAGGGGCAGAUGAGCCGCGCUCAGCCAGGCUGGCAGCAGGAAGAGGGGCUCCCACCGAUGUCCCCCCACCACACUCACGACCAGACACCAGCUGAAGGCUGCACCCCCAUGGGGACCUCUGAUGAUACAUGGGAGAGGAGUCAAUGGGGACGUGUUGUGGGGCUGGCCACGGGGCGGGGGGUUCUGGGUGGGCUCCGGGUGCUUCUGGGGCUGUGGGGAAGCCAUCCACACAGCCCAGGCUCUGCUGUGGCUCCCUGGUAGCCCACGGUGAGCAGGAUGGUGGAGAUGGCACCAGAGCUCAUCGUGCCUUGGGGUCCUUGGGCCAGCACCAGCACUCGCUGCCCACCUGGGGCUCCCGGAGCUGUACCGGCACCAAGGCUUAAAGUAAACUUGGUGCUCCCUAAGCGGUACCAGGUAUCGCUGGGAGUCAAGGAUCCCAGAUGGGCACCGGGUCUUGCCGUACCCCUCGGGGAUCCCAGAUGAGCAUGGUGCCUCGCUGUGCCUUGGGGCUCCUGGAGCUUUCUAAGGCUCCCGGUCCGGUACCGGGACUCUCAGGCUUGAUUGGGGCUGGCUGUGUGUGUGGCUCCCAGAGCAGCACCGGGGCUGGCCAUGCCACUGGGCUCCCAGAUCAGCAUCGGGGCUGGCCUGGUGUCCAGGCCCCCGCAGCAGCACCGGGGCUCCCGGACCAGUACCGGGUCUUGCUGUGAGCCCGGGGCUCCCGGCCCAGCAUCGGGGCCGCCCAUGCACGGGGCUCUCGGUCCAGUACGGAGACCGCAGGACUGGCCGGGGGCUGGCCGUUAGAGGGGCUCCCGGCCUCGUACCGCGGCUGGCCGUGCCCCGGGGCUCCCGGAGCCGUACCAGGGGUCCCUGACCUGACAGGGGCUGGCCGUGCCCCAGGGCUCCCGGAAAGGCACCGGGGCUCCCGGACCAGACGGGGGCUGGCCGUGUGAGGGGUUUCCGCAGCAGCACCGGGGCUCUCGGACCGGCACCAGGACUGUCCGUGUGCAGAGCUCCCGACCCGGUACCGGGACUCUAGGCCCAGAUGGGGGCUGGCCGUGCCUCGGGGCUCUCGGAGCCGCACCGGGACUUCCCGACCGGCACGGAGGCUGGCCGUGAGAGGGGCUCCCCGUCCGGUACCGGGGCUGGCCGUGCCUGGGGGCUCCCGGAGCGGCACCGGGGCUCCCCGACAGGACGAGGGCUGGUCGUGUGAGGGGCUCUCGCAGCAGCACCGGGACUCCCGGCCCGGUACCGGGACUUCCCGACCGGCACGGAGGCUGGCCGUGAGAGGGGCUCCCGGCCCCGUACCGGGGCUGGCCGUGCCUCGGGGCUCCCGGAGCCGCCCCAGGAGGGGCCGGGGGGCGGCCCGGGGCCCGGCGCGGGGCGGGCGCGGGGCGGGGGGGCAGCGCGGAGGCGGUGCCGGCGGGGCGGGCGGCGGCGCAGUCGGGCGGCGGCGGCGGGAUGAACGGGACGGGCCGGGGGCUUUGCGAGCGCAGCGGAGCGCUACCGGCCGGGGCCCGCCCGCUGGUCAGUGCCCUCAUGUUCUCGGCCGGGCUCUUGGGCAACCUGCUGGCCCUGGGGCUGCUGCUCUGCCGCCGGGGCCCCCGCGCCCGCCCGCCCUCCCUCUUCCACGUCCUGGUGCUGGCCCUGGUGGUCACCGACCUGCUGGGCACCUGCUCUGUCAGCCCCUUCGUCCUGGCCUCCUACCACCGCAACUGCACCCUGACCGCCCUGGCCCAAGGAGGACACAUCUGCCUCUACUUCGGCUUUGCCAUGAGCUUCUUUGGCCUCGCCACCAUGCUAAUCCUCUUCGCCAUGGCGCUGGAGCGAUGCCUGGCCCUGGGGCAGCCUUACUUCUAUGAGCGCUUUCUCAGCCCCCGCACGGGCUUGGUUGCCCUGCCCGCCAUCUACACCUUCUCCGCCGCCUUCUGCUCCUUGCCGCUGGUGGGCUUCGGGCGCUAUGUGCAGUAUUGCCCUGGCACCUGGUGCUUCAUCCAAAUGCACCUGGACUACCUCCAGCACAACGGCAGCAGGGAGGUGUCUGGCUUGGACGUCACCUUCUCGCUUCUCUACGCCACCCUGCUCCUCUUCCUCAUCCUCUCCGUGCUGCUCUGCAACCUCAGCGUCAUUGCCAACCUGGCCCGCAUGCACCGCCGCGGGCAGAAGACCCGCCGGUUGGCCACACUUGAGCAGCCCCGGCCAUCUGGCAGCUGCGUCCGGCGCAUGUUCUCCAUGGCUGAGGAGAUUGACCACCUCCUUCUCCUCUCCAUCAUGACCAUCACCUUUGUCAUCUGCUCCCUGCCAUUCACGAUCCGUGCCUAUGUGAACAAGUUCAGCGAGGAAGAAGACAACCACGACUGGGACCUCCUAGCCCUGAGAUUUCUCUCUAUUAAUUCCAUCGUUGACCCUUGGGUCUUUGCCAUCCUGAGGCCACCGGUCCUGCGGUUCAUGCGCUCGGCGCUGUGCUGCCAGGUGACCCCUGCGAGCCAAGACAGACAGACUCCAUCCCCCGCAAAGACAAAACUGGCAGCACGGCUGGACCCUUGUGGGCAGUAGAUCCAUCGGCCAUUCCAGGAGACAUCUGCCAGGUGAAGCACAGCCCUGACAGAUGUUAAUGGAUCCCUGCCUUAUGGCCUAUAAAGAGACGUAUCUGCUGCAGGGUGCGCCAGGUACGAAUGGCUCGGGCUAGGUGUCACCGCAUGUCUGGGAAGCCCCUGGAAAGCUGAUGCAGUCUCUCACAGGGCAAAAAAUACAGCAGGACAAGAUCAGGAGGGCUGAUGAGUACCUGGAUAGCUCUGUCUCCCUUAAAUAGGGCUGCUCCUGCCUGGUAAAGGAUGCAGGCUGCAUUCAGCCACGCUGCAGGUUGGUCAGGGGGUGAAGAAUGGGGGGGCUUUGUUAUAACACUGCUGCUGUGGGGGGUGUCAGGGAGGAGAGCUUCCCACUGGUGUGCUCCCCAGCAAGGUCCCUGCAAUUGUUUCAGGCUGAAGGCAGCGUGCAGGAGGGGUACAGGUCCUGGAGAUGGGGCUGGGUGGCUGCCAUUGCUGCAAGCACCCGUCUCUGCCCCCAGGUCCCUAGGGACUGGGUAGGAGAGGAAGGGAGCAGUGUGUCCCCAAAUACUCCCCUUCAUUUGUUAGGCAGGUUGCCUAAAGAAAUGCAGUUUAUCAGGUGUCGGUCUGUGUGCAUGUGUCUGUCUGUCUGUCCCCCAGCCGUUUGUAGGCUCCAGUGGGUGCCAGCCCAGCAUGUCUGAGGGGCACUGGGGCAGAAAAAAAGCCAGUGUGGCACUUCCCUUGGGCUGUGAUGGCAGCAGAGCUGUGUGGCCCCUCCUGAGCCACAUUUUGCAGUUUUCUUUGCCCUGUAGUUUGUGCAGGAGCUGACAAGGGGAAUAAAGAGCCCAAUGAGGGGGAGAGGUUUUGGUCGCAGCUGUGGCCUUACCCAUAACCAGGUAUGGUUAUAGUCCAGGGUUAUGCUGCUGAUGGGUUUUGGGUUGGUGUGGAGAGGGCUCAUCCUCCUGGGCUGCCUGGCGAAGUGCCCUUGAUUGCCCUCCUGCUGGCUUGAGACAAGCCUGCUCAGGGGCAUCACUUCUGGAGAGGUUUUUGUUUUUGUUUUGCUUU